AUGGCGAAUUUACCAUCCCACGCCUCGCCCACGUUCGGCGCAAAGGCUGCCGCUCCCACACAGCCGAUUGAACAAAUAUCUCUCACUUCAGGGCAGGCGUCGUCUCUGGACGGUCACUCAGAUGACUUUAUACAACGCAAUAUGAUGAACGACUCCGGUACUAUCGGCACCACACCUGGCGACAUGACACCUGCAGUACCUGCCUCCCUCCUUUCCCCUUCCUUCACACCACCGGCUACUCCUGGUGGCACACUGAACAAGGAACGAUUGCUUCAAGAAGCUAUUCCGCAGACAGUCUCUCAUGCCAGACCCCCGAAGCUCCUUCCCCGCCUACCCGAUGUCGAGUGCAUCGUCCGCGCGCGUAUUCCGACAACAACCGGUGCUGAAAUGUUCUUACAUUUGUAUCAUAACGAUCUAGACAGCAAGGAACAUCUUGCCAUUGUAUUUGGAAAUACUAUUCGAAGUCGAAGUCUGGACAAAGUGAGACCUGGCGAGACGGAAAUGGAUCGGAUGAUUCGUGGAGCUUAUGUGGGUAAACUGCAUCCUGGUCGCGUGAGCAGUUGGCAUGAUGCGGCCAAGGAAGGAACCUCUGGUGAACCAGGUGAUGAGGCCGACGUUGGUGCCGUACAUGAUGCAGAUCUAAUGCACGAGCAAUUGAGUGAAGCUCCGUUAGUACGCAUUCAUUCAGAGUGCUACACCGGGGAAACGGCUUGGUCUGCUCGCUGUGAUUGCGGAGAACAACUUGACGAGGCAGCUAGAUUGAUGUCGUUGCCAAUGGAGACCCUCAAUGAGAUUGCAUCCCAGCAAUCCCGGUCUGUACCCUCCAAUGUUUCAGGGGGCGUCAUAAUUUACCUUCGUCAAGAAGGCCGGGGGAUUGGGCUAGGGGAGAAAUUGAAAGCCUACAACUUGCAAGAUUUGGGGUCAGAUACAGUCGAGGCGAACCUUCUUCUGCGUCAUCCGGCCGAUGCCCGGAGCUACGGACUGGCUACAGCGAUGCUCGCUGAUCUAGGUCUGGGUGUCGAUUCGAAUCCGCAUGGAAUCCGACUACUCACAAACAACCCGGACAAAGUCAGAGCAAUUGAAGGGCCAGGCCGCGAGGUGAUAGUGAAGGACCGUGUGCCAAUGGUUCCACUGGCGUGGCAGACUGGAGGAAAGAUGGGCAUUAAGAGCUCUGAAUUUGACGCCGAGUCGUAA